AUGCCCCCGUACCCAGAAAUACAGCCCAAAGUCUCUGCGUCCUGCCAAACACCCUCCAACUUGCCGUCCAACGGGAACGGGAACUCGAAAUCUUUUGGUUUGAGCGCCUUGAAGACGUCUGCCUUCUUGUCCGUAUACAUUGGACACGAGUUCAGCGCCAACAACCCGUUGUGGAAGUCCUUGUUGAGGAUGUGCGACUCAAUCAGCGUCUUCCAGCACUCGAACUCGGUCGGCAGACACUCAACGGCUCUUUGCGCGGACGGAAGAGCAAGGUCAGCACGGUUCUGGCCGUUCAACCGCAGCAGCGCGUCGACCAGGUUGUUGUUCAUGAUGGUUGGCUGGUUGAUGGUGCUAGAACAGCCGCACAUCACACCUUUGGGGAUCAGCGACACCAGGGCCACAAUGGCCUCGGAGGCGUCCUUCUUGGUCUCAAACAAGUUGAACUUGCACAUGCCGGGCAACUGGCGCUCGAUGUCGUCGGAAAACAGUAAAGAUCUCACAAUGCUCGAGACAUAUGUCUCCAACCACACGUUUGAGGAUCCGUCCGGAAUUUCGUAUUUUUUCAUGGUUCUGGUGGGCAGAAACUCCGCAAGCGGCACGCCCGUGUCCGGGAACACUCUCUGA